AUGAAUGCUUCCUCUGGAUCAACUAAACCUGGAGAGAAUUAUCUGCUAUUUGAACUGACUAAGUCCGACUGUGAGAACGAAUACAUACAAAAUGAUCCCUACAGCGAAAUAAUUCAGGUGUAUAACAUUCUUGUGCUCGUACUUGCUCCAGUCAAUGUCCUUCUUAAUGGUCUCUCUUUGAAGAUUUUUGGCCAUCGCAUUUGGAAGAAGAGUUCCAUGAGCUCAAUUCUUAUGAGUCUUUCUGUUUUUGAAAUCUGUUUCGGUUGCAGCCUAUUCUUUCAUACGAUCACUCACAAAAUUCUCGAAAUUAACCUCAGUGGGGACAGCACGGUAUCGGAAAAUCUUACAGAUGCCAAACGCACCACCCGAAUCAAACUGCUGGCCACAACGAUCGUGGCAAACCACGUCCUCAGUGGAUUCCUGUUUGCCUUUCAGGUGGCCAGAAACUGGUCAGUUGUUCUUCUAGCAGCCUACAGGUAUGACGUAAUUUGUCGAAAACUCGGCACCAUGACUUCAUUCCCCAGGGAGAGAAUCCCGCUGAUAAUGUCCAUUACGUUAACUUCAGCUGGUCUGUUUGCUCUUCCUCGGAUCUUCGAAACAAAAACGUACAUUUGUGUGCCGACCGCAGCAAUCUACAUUGAAUUGCCGUUAGUUGCGCAAAACAUUUUCUAUGAGCUAAUUUAUCUGGGAAUUGGAGCCUUUAUUGUUCAGUCUGGAGGGCCGGUUCUUUGCGUCUGCUUAUUAAGCUUCUUCGUUAUUCGAAAAAUUGCGAUAAGGCGUCGGUUUCGUCGACAAAACCAACGUGCAGUGUUAGCCACCAAUACAAAUGAUGUCACAAAUAUCGACUUAGAUUUCCACGUGGGAACAAAAACUAUUGAACGGGCUCAGCCUUCUGGCGACAAAUUGAUGUUGGCGCUAUCUUUUACGUUUUUUGUUCUCGAAACCCCUGCCUUCUUCAGCAAAAUCCUCAGCUCUUACACCUCAAAGUAUCAUCCGCAGUUGGACGUGUAUUUCUCUGUGAUUGCCAACCUUUUGAUUUACCUUGAUUCAACCUUCAAUGCUUUCAUCUACAUGGGCUCGAACCCAACCUUCAGACAAGUGGCCAAGCUCACGUUCGGGAAGAGUCGACUCACCGAGCAGGGGAAGCGGUACAUGAAACGCAAACGGCUGUCGCCUCCCCUCAUCGACCAGAUUCAAAAUAAUUUCCCCGUACCAAAUGAAAACGAGGCUGAAAGGUGUCAAACAGAACAAGUUUAG